AACGCAGCGAACGCGACUAAAUGUCCCAGACAUUCACCAACGUCGCGCCAGCCCAACCCUCCUCCGCCAACGCCCAUUUGACGUGGCGCUGCUGUCGCCUGAUCUCCAGUCAAAAUGUACGGCAUGAACCAAGCCUACAAUGUUCCCGCAGACCCCAGCGGACAGGUGCCGAACCAGUUGCUCCCCCACAUACACUUGGUCUCCUCGUACCGGUUCCCAACCCUCCCGUCGCUGCAGCCUCAGCAAGCGCUUGAUUACCUCAUAAAGGCACCUGAAAUCACCCGCAAUGCUGCACCUGUCGCGUGGACGUUCUUUGCGCAACCGCCUCCAGACGGCACCGCUCUGCUCAUGUGGCAGCCCCCUCGCAUGGGAACGCAUUUUGCUUCCGAUGGGUUGAUCUGGGCCGAUGCCGAGCUGUCAUACGAAAUGAAUCUGAAUGGAUUCCAACUCCAAGUACUGGUCCACAAAAGCGGUUUCUUCUACCCUCACGAGCCGUUUGCCGCGCAUGCACGAUUUCGCUACAGGAUCACUAAUGGACCCCGCUCGUUCGACGACAAAUUGUGGUUAGUUCAUUACAGCAUGGCAGAGCCUAACAUGCGAAUACCCGCCCAGAAUAUACCCAUGACAAGGGAGAUACAACAGCAGUUGGCCACGCGAGGCCAGCUGCAACAAGCCGGUCAACUGAUUCGCAAAGAGUUCAUGCUCAACGAUACGGCAAACUUUCCCAAGGUCGAGUUCGCACCACCUGGCGCCAGGACACAACCAGCAGCUUAUGGCGCGAAUCCCAUGACGAACCGAUAUCCGUAUGGUCAACAGCAGCCUCCAGCGAAGAGAGCUCGAACGGCGCAACCUCCACGCCCGGGAGUACCCGGGGCCGCAGUUGGUGAUGCACUAUUCGAUGAGGAAGAGAAUGCGACACAGGAUACGUUCGAUUUCAUGACCCCUAGGGAUAUUAGCCUUUCCAGGUACAAGCAGCAUCAUGAAUGGAUGGAGGAGAUAUUCUCUUCGCCCCAUGCAUUCCCGAAAAUCAAGCCUAUCGAUCUGGGAAUUGGCCUCAUGGGUGAACUGGCUCCACUGACGGCGGAUAUCCUUGAUGCAGCAACUGGAGAUGCACCCAUAGACAAGAACGGAGACCUCAAUGCGGAUUAUGGCGAGAAGAUCAAAAGCUAUUCACAGUUGACACCGGAGAAGCUCAAGGAAUUUGAGAAACGCGUCUCGGAGUAUGAGGCCAAGGAAAAGGCUGAGAUCGAGAGGAUGAAGACCGCGCAUGCCAACAAGAUGGCAGCACUGAAACGAUCACGCACAUACAUCAAAGCUGAGCGUCGGUUACGCGACGCAGCCCCGCCAGCCGAUGCCGAGGGCGAUGGUCCAGACCCAGCUGAGGCGGUCGUAACUGAUCUCGAAAAGUCGAUUGGAGUAGAGUUUGAUACAAAGAAGCUGGUUGUUUGCGUGGACAAGGGUGGCUUCAUCGAGGCACAACAGCCCAAACCCGAGCAAUUGCAAGUCAACGGAUCCACAGGACUCAAUGCCAAUGGAGGAUCGAAUGGCUCUGCACAGGAUGGAACUGCAGAAGGCGAUAACACUGCCAAUAGUCUUCUAGAUUUCGGUUCGACAUCACUGGGAGGGACUCCGAUCGGGAACAUAUCGCUACCAGCGCUGUCUCAACCUCAAAGUCAAGCACAAUCAGCUGUGGCCACUCCCAACACGGCUGCUGUCGAUGCAGCCCAGAACCCAACCGGUGAUCAAGCUUCCGGCCUCAACCCCUCGAAUGCUGCAAAUGACCUACUCGAUCUUGACGUUGAGAUGUCUGGGAUGGCCAACAAUGACGGCAAGGGAGAUGCAGAUUGGGUCAUGCCUCCUACCAACAACGAUGCUCCCGCAGACGCUAGUGCACUGACGUCCGGCGUUGACGCAGAAGUUGGGGGCAUGUUUGACGCCGCAGACUUUGGCAGCUUCGACAACCUGGAUACGGCUGGAGAUGCGCUUGCAGACUACACAAACGUAGGUGACGAUAACAUGGGACUGGACCUGGUGGACGACUCAGCGUUCGGAGAUGCAUUCCAUGGGACAGAGAUGCACCACGGCGACACCGGCGAAGAGAACAAUGCAUAGGAUGCAUCCACUCAUUGGACUGGCCACCCUCAUAAACGCCUCCAUUCCUUAGUUUCCGACGAAUUCUAGCGGACCUGUGGGGGUUUCCUACAACUCGCGAAUCGAACGGGAAGUGGCGCAAACGAUUCGACGGUGUUGCAAGAAAAGUUUGGGAGGACGAGUCAUGGUUGUCACAUCGGAUCAUCGAGCUUCGAUCGUACACUCUUAUUAGGGUCCUGGGCAGCACAUGUAAAGAGUGUACGUAUCGUGUCAAUCUUGGACAGACGAUACGAUUUGUUUUCGUACGCAAGGCUGCGAUUAGUUUUUAUAUGGCGUUUGGGCGUUGAUGCUCGCGGCUCGAAGAUAGUUGUCUUGGUCACGAGAUAUAUACCCACCUCUGCGGGUUAUUGGCAGACUAUGCCGUUUCAGAUAAUUACACUAUGAUUACUCC